UUCUUCCAUCUCCUCUUUCUAAAUGAGUUAAUGGGGUUUCAUUUUCUUCAGUUUAUCGAAGGCAAAAAAUGAAUCCGAGGAUUCUUUUCUGUGAUUUUCUAUUUUUCUUCGUUUAUGCUGUCAUUUGGGUUCCUAUACGAGUGUUUCAGUUUUUAUUUUUGGGGUGUUUAUAAUGUGAAACUUCGGUUUUCCAGUAUAAUCUUUUGGGUUUUACUGAUCAGUGUAUGAACGUGAUAUGUCGGCUCGAUUUUUAUUCAGGGUACAUUGAGUAGCGUGAUUGUCAGAUUUUGAGUCUCUUUACUUUCUAUUUGGCUGCCGAGAAUCGCCGAGAACAUAUAUGGGAAGAAAGGAGAAACAAAGUUGAGAUCUUUUUGGUUAUUUAAGGGAAAACAUAGUCGUGGGUUUUGACUAAAAUUUUGACUGUUUGGUUGCCGAGAUACUGAUUAACCAUCUCUUCUUACCCAUAGGAAUUUUGGGUUUACUUCAAAAUACUCUUUUUUUUUUAACGUGAAUUGAUUGCAGAAUUUUAUCUAAAUUGUAGGUUUAGUUGAAGAUUGGGGAAGAGCUAGACAAUGUUCAGAGACGGCCUCCACGGGAAUGUUCACAGACGGGUUCGAGAGGAGGAUGCUUUGAAGAAAAAAGAUCCGUGUAAUCCGAUUUCAACUCAAGGGGUGAAAGUUAAUCCUCUUUCCAUUUCAAGAAACGGUGGGAAAGGGUUUGGAUUGUCUCCUCCAUCCAAAUUCCAAAGUGGUCAUUUCCCAUUGAAUGGACUUCCUAAAUCGAAGCCAAUACAGGCUGGUCGAUUCGGAUCAGAUAUGGAUAUAUCAUCUGAUUCAGAUGAGCUCUAUGGUAGAGAAUAUUCAGUCGAUACAUCUCCUCAAGAUCGAAAAAUUCCCAAUGGUUCAGGUUCAAAAUUCAUCAUGGCCCAUAAGGGAGGACCAGAAGGAUGGCCUACUUCAACAACAUAG